AAUGAAUUCCCUACCCUCUUAGAGAAAUCUGGCCCCUGACCCAGGAAGGCCCCUAACCAGCUUGGAUUCAAUGACAACAGAGCCAGUGUUUACUUGGAACAAAGCACCAGGGGGAAAUGCAUGCUGAAUCAGAGCUGGCCAGCCCCCGCAGCCGGGUGGGAGCAUAGGACAUGUCCACACGUCUUCAAGGGAAAACGGCCAAGGGCUGUCAGAGAGGCCCAGGGAAGAGGCCUGGGUAGUGGCGAGCAGGGAGCAGACAAUCACUUGUUGAAGGAAGAUCCAAGUCCAGGCCUGGCCCCCUGGGCUGGGCUGAGCCAGGCUAAGCGAGGCCACCCACCCUGAGUGAUCCUCCAUCCGGAGCAGUGGAGCAGGGCUCCCCAGGCCCGAGGAAGGAACGUAGGGCAGUUUGGUGUCAUGGAAGGAACUGGGGGCCCAGCCGAGGGGCUCAAGAGCCCUUCAGACUCUGCCUGAGCGAGGGUGGUGCUCUGUCACCCAGGCUGGAGUGUAGUGGUGUGAUCUCAGCUCACUGCAGCCUUGAACUCCUAGGCUCAAGUGAUCCUCCCACCUCAACCUCCAGAGUAACUGGGACUACAGGGCCACACCUCUGUAGGGCUCCCAGCCUGGGCAGGAUAGCAGGGAGUGUGGGGUAGAGACCCCAGGCCUUGCUGGUGCAGUGGGGCCUGGGUGGGGACAAGAAGAACCCUGGAAGCCCAAGCUGGCAACGACUCAAGAGAUGGAGGCUCCAGCACCCUCAGGACUAGGUCCCCCUGCCAAGAUCCAAGCUUCUCUUCUCCAAGCUCACAGUCACUUCAAAUACAGAGGGGCCAGAUCCCAAUGCCCAUCGGAUCAGGAGACUGGAAGAUUAUCUUCUUAAGGGCCAAAAAGGGCUAGAAGGGGUCAGGACAGAUUGGCGACACAGCAGGAGGCGCCCAAGGACAUGACGUUGAGCCUCUCAGGGUCCCCCUUCGCCGGGCCAGAGAGCAGCGCCCCACGCUCCAUCGCCCCGUCCUACGGUCCUGGAUGCACUGCUCCUGCCUCGCCCUCGCCCAGUGCCCCCAGCCCACCAGCCCCGGCCGCGCCCCUCUCGGCUCCAGGGGGCACCCGCGCUGGGCGACGCUGCCACCUGCCGGCCGCUCCCGGAAGCUCCGCGCCCGGAGUGCUGGAGGCGGCGGCCGCAGGGGGCUGGGAAUCAGGCCCCUCCGCACUGGGACGGCCUCCGUAGGGUCUUUCCAGGAAUCUGGAUGGGCCUGCUCGCCCGCACCCCGGCGGGCCUGGCAGAGGACCAGCCCCAGCUGCGCACCCCGGGGCAGUCUAAACCCUGGGGCCUUGAUUUCCCGUUUUGUCAAUGGGAGAAAAUGCACCAACACCUCCUGUAGGAUUUCAAGAGGGGAGGGGACACGAAGGUACCCACGUUGUGCUCCUGGUCUUCCUUCCUCGACCUGGAAAUCUCAGGUCACUCUGAAAUCAGCCAGGCUGCCCCGUCCCUCCCUUUUUGGCCAAAACACAAUGGGGUGAUAUCCCCCAACCAUAACCCCUCAAAAUCUACCCUAGAACCUUCGCCUUCCCCUCCCUCAACCUCUGCCCCCAUUUGACUUCUCACCAGACCCAGAGGUCCAGAUAAGAAGGGGCUUCCACGUCCCCUUCCCACUCCCUCCGGUCCCGGCACCCCUUCCUGGAGUCUGGAGCACUUAGGAGUGGAGGAGUUGGGGGUUAGGAAGGCCUAGCUCAGCGGAGUGGAGUUGACCCCAUCUCUUUUUAAAUUUAGGUUAUUUAUUUAUUUAUUUAGAGAUGGAGUCUCACUCCGUUGCCCAGGCUGGAGUGCACUGGCGCGAUCUCGGCUCACUGCAACCUCUGCUUCCCGGGUUCAAGCGAUUCUCCUGCCUCAGGCUCCUGAGUAGCUGGGAUUACAGGCACCCGCCACCACGCCCGGCUAAAUUUUGUAUUUCUAGUGGAGAUGGGAUCUCACCAUGUAAGCCAAGCUGGUCUCGAACUCCUGACCUGAAGUGAUCCUCCCAAAGUGCUGGUAUUACAGGCGUGAGCCACCGCGCCCGGGACCGCUAUUUUAAAAAUCUGUUAAUCUCUUCUACCUCCCAAAUCCCAAAACCCAACCCAGACCUCUGCGCCUCCCUUCCUCCCUUUCUCCCUUCCUCCUCCCAGCCCCUCCCUGCCCCGAGUCCGCCUCUCCCGGUGCAGCUCCGCCCCCAUCCCGAGGCGGGGCCCCAUAGGUGGAGAGAAGUGGGAGAGGUCGCAGCCCCGCCUUCUCUACACAGGAAAGCUCAGUGGCCCCCAAGCCAGGAUGUCCCAAGCUUGGGUCCCAGGCCUCGCGCCCACCUUGCUGUUCAGCCUGCUGGCUGGCCCCCAAAAGGUGAGACUGGGAGGUAAGGUUGUUGAACUUUUGGGCCCUACCCUUGUAGGUCAGGAGGCUGCUUCUGGAGCCUGGUCGCCACCUUCCAUAUCAGGAUUUCCUCCUGACCACACACAAUUAGCUACUUCCUUUCUCUCUUUGCUGUGGAGGUGGAGGUGGUGGUGGGGGCAGCGGAGGAGGCUCUGGGAGAGGCUGGGUUCUCCCACCUCUGAGCGGGAUCCUGUGGUGGGAAGUGGCCACCACCCAUCAGCUUAUCUGACACCUAGCACGGCUCUGUGAAUAGGGACUUUGGACCCCAUAUUAGCCUCAGCUUAUCCUUCCAGCUCCUUCCCUCCUGAGGUCCGGACACCUGGGCCAGCACGUAGCCCCAGCUCUGUUCCUCCAGUGCUGGGGGACCCUGGGAUGUCCCCACCCUCUUUGGGACUGUGUCUCUGCUUGUUCCCUAGGGGAGAGAAGGCUCUUUUGUCCCCUUCUAGGGGUAAGUAAUCCCAGCCUGUGGUGGGAUUUGACCUGGCUGCCUGACCAAGGCUGGGGUGACCUCUGAAAUCUGUGAUUUUGAGAGGGAGGUGUAGGGUUCGAGUGUUCCCUCGGCACUUCUGUUCCUCCCAAGUAAACUCUACAGGUGAUGGGGGAAGGCUAUCCGGUCCUGGGAUGGGUGUUUAUCCUGGGAACAGAGAUGGGUCUAGAACAUGCAUUUAUGACUUAUUUCCACUUAAGAACUGGAGAGAUGUCAGGGUCUUCCAUAACCAGGAUUUCAGAACAGGGCACCUUCACACAUCUGGGCUGAGCUUUCAGAGUGGCUCUGCCAAAACCCUUCCGUGGAUCCAGGUUAGUGAGCAAGGUGUUCCUUCUAAAUCACUGGGCGGUCAGUUUGUGUCAAUGCUGGGCUGGGCAUCCUCUGGUUUACCCCUCCCACCAACCCCAGGGGCGAGGUGCUGUUAAUGCCUUCAAUUCUGGAGUUAAGUAAGCUGAGAUUUACUUACUCCCAGCCCAAGACCACCCUGACGCUCCAUAAAACUCAGCCUCUGAACCACCCCAGACAAGACUACCCCCUGGUUAAAAUGUGGGGAGACAAUCUGGGAGAAGAGCUCCUCCCCCUCCCAAACCGGAACGUGAGACUAAUUUACUAAACCUGUUAAUUAUCCAUUACUUAUUAGUUGGGGUCCAGGAAAAGGACAAGGACCAGAGUGGGGUCUGAGGGGGAAGGGGUGCUGCUGAGUGCCUGGAUGGACCCCUCGAUUUGUCUCCAAGUUCUCUCUCUGUAUAUAUAUAUUUUUAAUUUAAAGAAUAGAGGCCGGGUGCAGUGGGUCACGCCUGUAAUCCCAGCACUUUGAGAGGCCGAGGCAGGCAGAACAUGACGUCAGGAGUUUGAGACCAGCCUGAUCAACAACCCCAUCUCUACUAACAAUACAAAAAUUAGCCAGGCGUGGUGGCACGUGCCUGUAAUCCCAGCUACUCGGGAGGCUGAGGCAGGAGUAUCACUUGAACCUGGGAGGCAGAGGUUGCAGUGAGCCGAGAUCGCACCACUGCACUCCAGCCUGGGCAACAGAGCGAGACUCCGUCUCCAAAAAAAAAAAAAAAGAAAAAGAAAAAAGAAUAGAGACAGGGUCUCGCUUGUUGGCCAGGUUGGUCUUAAACUCCCGGCCUCAAGCAAUCCACCCACCUCAGCCUCCCACAGUACUUAGGAUUACAGGGAUGAGGCACCGCGCCCAGUCUGUCUCCAAUUCUAUAGUCAUUCCUGUGUGCUGUGUGAUUUGGAUUCACAGACUCACCCUUUCUGGGCCAACCUGCAGGGGUUCCUUCCUGUUCCUGUCCCCACAAGGGGACAAAGCCUGUGAGAUGGUACUCAGCCUGGGACUGAGCAUGGAAAAGGGGAAUUACCCCAACUCUUUUUGGCUAUCACUGGUAUUCUUAUCUUUACUGUUGUGAUUUGCAAUUGACGUAUUUCUUAAAGGUAUAAAGAUAAAGAUAAUGGUGGUUUUGCCAAAGCUGGCUUCCUAUUUUUUAGCCUUGGUUGUUUGUCCCAGGAGGCUAGGGUGCGGUGACAGAUGCCCUUCCCCACCACCCAUUUCCUAUGUUCUGGCACCUACAUCCCUCCCCCACAGUUUGGGAGCAGCCAGGAUGAAAUGAAACCAGGUAAUUGAUGAAUGCACGUUCAUUCAUUCUGCAAAUAUUUUGACUAUUGGGUUUUCAACAAUGAUGCAGCAAAAAUCUCUGCCCUCGCGGAGUUUGCCUUUUACACAACUGAAGGACAAUUAACAAGAUAAAGUAAAUAUAUAGUAUGUUAGAUGUUGAUAAGAGAUGUGGAGAAAAGUUAAGCACACUAAGGGGAAAGGGUGGUUGUAAUUUUGAAUAAGGUAACCAGAGAGGGAGGGGCUGGAGCCAGCCUUGCAGCUACCUAGAAGAGUGUUCCAAGUCAGUGUGGCUUUGACACACAAUUGCUAUCAGUGGAGUGAAAUUCUGUAAGAUGCCCUGGGUGCCCUGCAGACCUAGUACAGAAGAGGGGGAAGCUGAUUUGGGAGGCGGGGUCCUGGCAGCUUUGCAGAGCAUGGAAUCCCUUAGGCAGGGAUCUGAAGGAUGAAUGGAGGCUCGGACAGGUGUAAAACAGCCAGGAAGAGUCCUCCUGCCCACAGUGUCUGCAGUGACUGAAGGUGGGAUAAGGAAAGUCGCUAGUACCCUGAGCCGUGGGUGUCACGGCGGAAGCCAGGUUGCAGCCAAAUGUGGUCUCAUCUUCGCCUGCCCCAAAGGAUUCAAAUGCUGUGGUGACAGCUGCUGCCAGGAGAACGAGCUCUUCCCUGGCCCCGUGAGGAUCUUCGUCAUCAUCUUCCUGGUCAUCCUGUCCCUCUUUUACAUCUGUGGCCUGGCUAAGUGCUUCUGUCGCAACUGCAAAGAGCCGGAGCCAGACACCCCAAUGGAUUGCCGGGGGCCCCUGGAACUGCCCUCCAUCAUUCCCCCAGAGAGGGUCAGAGUAUCCCCCUCUGCGCCCCCACCCCCCUACAGUGAGGUGAUUCUGAAGCCCAGCCUGGGCCCAACUCCCACAGAGCCACCCCCUCCCUACAGCUUCAGGCCUGAAGAAUAUACCGGGGAUCAGAGGGGCAUUGACAACCCGGCCUUCUGAGUCACCUCCUGCCUGGAAUCUUGCCAUCAGCAACCUCCUCCCCAGUGCCUCCUGGAUCAAGCUAGAGACAGCUGGCACCCCAGGAAUGUCCCUGCCCAUCCUGCUACAUCUCUGUUCAUUCUUGGAUUUAACUUAUUACUUUUUCUGCCUCUGUUUCCACCCCAGCUGCCUCCCUUGUCCUGAGGGUUAGGCUGGAGUGACAGUAUCUGCCCACCCCCCAACCCAAGAAAAAGACUGCCAGAAAGAAAAUGCCGACCAUUGGAGGUGCCCAACAGUAGAAUGGGCUACUGUGAGGGGUAGUAAGAGCCCCAUUUCUGGAGGUAUGCAAAUCUUGACUGGACAGCCAGCUCUGAGAUUUUAUCAGGGCACUUCUAUACCUGUGGGACAUUGGACUGGAUGAGUCCUGAGCCAGCUUCCAUUCCUACCUGAAUAGAGAACUCACUGCACCCACCCACAACACAUGAUAAACACAUGUCCUCACUGAA